UCUAACGGUCUUGGACAACACGAUUGUUUACGUAAAGUCGCGGGUUUGCAUAAAGGAAUUACAGAACAAUAAUGUCGAACAUAUUGUACACAGUGGUCGCCGUUGGCUUAUUGGCCACACUGGGUUGCGCUGAACCGCCACGUUCUCGUUUGCGGUUUCCCGGACCAGCUAAUAAUCGUCCACUGCCAUUUUUAGCACGACAAGAAGCAGUACCAUCAGUGCCAUUAGACGUAGCUCCUUAUCCACCGGCAGGUUUGAAACCAGAACCCGCCUUUGAAUUACCAGAGCCCACUUAUGGUCCUCCAGAAAUAACAUAUGGGCCACCUGAGGAAGCACCAGACCAAACAUACGGACCACCAGACCAAACGUACGGACCACCAGACCAAACAUACGGUCCACCCGACCAAACAUACGGUCCACCUGACCAAACAUACGGACCACCUGACGAAACCUAUGGACCACCUGCUGAGGAGCCUCUAGCUGAGCCUGCACCAUCUUACGGACCCCCACCAGCUGUUCCCGCACCAACGUACGGUCCACCCGGCACACCGGCCGAUGAGUAUGGACCUCCACCACCAGCCGUAGCUGAUGUACCACAAACUGCCUCGAUCAUUGAUCCUCGUGCUGUCUUCCCACAAACUGUCUUCACGCUGCCACGUGUUGAACGUUUAGUGGCUUUCCGUCCAAGCGGUCGUCCAGCACCAGCUAAGCUGCGCCGUCCGGCGCCGCGUCCAAAGCCAGCAAAAUUAACUCGCCCUCGACCACAACAUCUAACACAAGCCCAAAUACAACCAGCUAAAUUAAUUUUACACAUUCGUCACUAAAUAAUGCAAAAUCCCGGCUCUGAUUUCCUAAGCAGAGUUGGUGUAUUUUUGUUGUUGUUGAUAUACAUAUGCAUAUGUUUGUACAUAAAUAAGCUUUCGUUGUAUUCUAAGGUUCUGUUAAUUCGUUGUACUUACUCUAAAAAUAUAUUUUACUUAAUUGUUAUAACUAAAA